UUAUUGUUAUGGUUGGUAACUAGUCGAAAUUAUAUUUAGUGUUUUUAAUGGGUUCCUGAUCUGUUUAAUUUGGGCCGUUUCUAAUUACAAAAUGUUGAUGUGAAAAUUUAAAACUAGACAAACAAAAGAAUAUGUGUCUGUUUGUCUCUUCUCCCUUGUCUCUGUGUUUCCAAUUCAUUCUACAGUUGAAGUGAUUGUGGGGUUUUCCCCAUGGAGCUUCCUCUCUCUCUGUCUCUCCUCAUCCUCCUAGGGUUCCGGGGAGUACCACAAUUCACGAGGCAUGAUCCAUCAUUUCCCCCACUUCUCCAAGCGAAGAUCCCCACGUUUUGGGAAUUUAAACGAACCAUUCUCAUCUCUUGUAGCCACAGAAAAAUUCUAAACAACAGAUCGGAUUUGUUUGAACUAUGCCUACUCAUACGUCGUCGGAGAAGGAAGUCGCCGGGGAAGAUGAGCUCAGGAGGAAUCCGUAUGAAGUCCUCGGCAUCCCCAGCAACUCCACCGAUCAAGAGAUCAAAAGUGCCUAUCGAAGAAUGGCUCUCAGGUACCAUCCGGAUAAGAACCCAAACGACCCGGUUGCAGCGGAUAUGUUUAAGGAGGUUACGUUUGCCUAUGAUGUCUUGUCUGAUCCAGAGAAUCGGCGUCAGUAUGAUACAACUGCUUCUGAGGCUGCUGGUCAAGAAAAUGAAGACCUUGAGCUUGAUCUUUCUAGCUUAGGAGCUGUUAAUACUAUGUUCGCCGCGCUUUUCAAUAAGCUUGGUGUGCAAAUCAAAACAACAGUCUCAGCAAAUUUGUUGGAGGAGGCGUUGAAUGGUACUGUUACUACUCUGCCUCUUGCGGUUGGACAAGUUGUCUCUAGGAAGGUUGAAAAGCAAUCUGCGCACUUUUAUUCUGUUACGUUAACAGAAGAAGAAUCUCAGGCUGGAUUGAUAUGUAAAGUCCACUCAUCUGCUAAAAACAAAUUCAAGUUGCUUUACUUUGAUCAAGAAGAGAGUGGAGGACUGAGACUGGCACUACAGGAAGACAGCAGGAAAACAGGAAAGCUCUCAACUGCAGGAUUGUAUUUUUUCGGCUUCCCUGUUUACCGUUUCGAUCCCAGGGUUAAUUCAAGGGCUCUCUCAAGGGAUCCAGAGACUGGAUUUUUCAAAAGGCUAGACACUUUCCAGCCCCUCGAGAUCACUGAACUGAAAGCUGGAACUCAUGUGUUUGCUGUGUACGGUGACAAUUUUUUCAAAAGCGUGAGCUACACGCUAGAAAUAUUCUCAUCUGCUCCAUUCGCUAACGAGAAAGAGACUCUCCGUUCAACAGAAGCGCAGAUAGUCUCUAAAAGAACCGAGCUAUUGAAGUUUGAAUCUGAAUAUCACGACGUUUUUUCACAGUUCACAGAUAUGGCUAGUAAAUGCGCAGGCGAAGUACAAGAAAUUGAUGAGCUUCUCAAGAGGAGGAACGAGAUAUGCUCAGCUUACACAACUUUCCCACCCACAAAGCAAAGUUCAAGCAAGAGCUGGGGCAAGGGAAAGAGCAAGAAGAAGAAGAGCAGUCUUUUGAUGGAAGCUAGAGAAGAAGGAGAGGUCACAGUUAGGGAAGAAAAUGGAGUGAAGAAGAAGAAAUGGUAUAAUAUUCAGCUAAGACAAGACAAGAAAAAAACUAAAGAGACUUAAACUUAAGGCACAUAAGCGUAAUUCAUCUCGUUGUACAAUAUGUUUCAUCUCUUUGUACGCUUUGCUGGAUUCAGAUUCACAUACUCCUCAGCUUCUUCUUCCUCCCAAGCUUUGCUGAUGUUAUAUUUGUCCUGCUGGUUAUUGCUGACAUCUUCUUCCUCACUUUGGUUUCUUUCUGAUUCAUCCUUCCAAAUUUGGACACCGCA